GUCUGCGCCGUCCUCGGCCAAUGAGCGGCACUGUUGCUGGCAGGUGCGGCGUGUUUUUGUUUUGGGUAGAAGAAUUAGUUGUAGUCGAGGAAGGCCAAGAUUCCUUAUUCUCUCCCUCUCGGAGCGGCGCGUGCCGGGAACGAGCUCCCGCUGGCCAGCAGCCUCACGCGCACCGAGAGCUUGUCCCCUGCCGCUUGGCCUUGGGAGGAGGAGGAGUGGUGGUGGUGGUGGAAAGGAAUACGGCUCCUCCUCUCUCGCCAUCCCCCUCCCGCGGCGAAGAGGGAGGACGACGGCCAAGCAAGCGACCGAAGCCGCCGCGCCAAAGAGGUGGGGGGCCAGGUCUGGCUCGGCCUGGCCCGGCUUGGCUUGGUCUCGCCCGAGCUGACCCCCGCCGGGCCUCAGCCAUGAGGAGAGAAAUGAACGGGGUCACUAAGGGCCGGUUUGAGAUGUUCUCAAACAAUGAUGAGGCUGUGAUCAACAAAAAGCUUCCCAAAGAGUUGCUUCUUCGAAUAUUCUCCUUUCUGGAUGUGGUCACUCUAUGCCGCUGUGCGCAGGUUUCCAGGGCAUGGAAUGUCCUAGCUUUGGAUGGUAGCAAUUGGCAACGCAUUGACCUGUUUGAUUUCCAAAGGGACAUUGAGGGGCGUGUAGUAGAGAAUAUUUCUAAAAGAUGUGGAGGAUUCCUUCGAAAGCUGAGUCUACGUGGAUGCCUAGGUGUGGGAGACAACGCAUUGAGGAUAUUUGCACAAAACUGCAGAAAUAUUGAAGUGUUGAAUCUAAAUGGCUGCACCAAGAUUACAGAUGCUACAUGCACUAGCCUUAGUAAAUUUUGCUCAAAGUUACGGCAUCUUGAUCUAGCUUCCUGCACAUCAAUAACCAACCUGUCACUGAAAGCACUGAGUGAGGGGUGCCCUCUACUAGAGCAACUCAAUAUCUCGUGGUGUGACCAAGUGACAAAAGAUGGCAUCCAAAAUUUGGUGAGAGGCUGUGGUGGACUCAAAGCUCUGUUUCUUAAAGGCUGUACACAGCUGGAAGAUGAAGCUCUUAAAUACAUUGGUGCAAACUGUCCCGAAUUAGUGACUCUGAAUUUGCAAACAUGCUUGCAAAUAACAGAUGAUGGCCUCAUUACAAUAUGUAGAGGAUGCCACAAAUUGCAAUCUCUAUGUGCUUCCGGCUGUUCCAACAUCACUGAUGCCAUCUUGAAUGCAUUAGGGCAAAAUUGUCCAAAACUUAGGGAAGAUAAUGGAACAGGUGGCUGCCUGAAAGCUUCAGAGGGUUCUGGAUGAAACAGAUUAUCUGAACCCCUUUCCGUCAGGAUUUAGAUCUGGAGGUCUGGUAUUGGUUGUGCUUGUUGAUAAUCUCUGGCAAGAGCAGGAUGGGAUAAUGCAACCAUCUUUUCUCCCUUUGAUCUCUCAGUGGCCUCCAAUACCUUCAGCAUGAGUAUCCUUUUGGGCCAACUAUGGGAUUGGAGCUGGGCAGCACAGUAUUGUAUUGGUUGUGCUUCUUUAUUCAAGGCUGAUCAAAAUUGGUGUUAAUAGGAAGUGAAAGAUACAGCCCACGGCCAUGCUUGCCGCAGGACUCCGUAUUCCCUCCACCUUUUUUUAACAUUUACAUGAAGUCACUGGGUGAGGUCAUCCAUUACCAUGAGUUGAAGUAUUUUCUGCAUGCUGAGGAUAUUCAAUUCUAUUUUACCCCUAGUGACCCAAGUGAUGCAGUUUCUGCUCUCUCAUAGGGCCUCGGGGGUUGCGAGGGCCUGGCUAGGGGACUUUAACUGAAUCCUGAAAAGAUUGAAUGGCUUUGGGUGUAUGGAACUCUGAAAAACCAGGAUUUUGACAUAUUUAGUUCUGUAUAGCAUGGCAGUGACCCAGACAGAUCCAGUCCACAAUUUGGGUAUUUCUCUGAACUCUCAACUUCUUCUUGAAGAGCAGGUUGCAGUUGUGGCUAAGAGAGCUUUGCACAACUUCAGGUUGUGCCUCAGUUACAGCCUCUCCUGGAUCAGGAGUCCCUGCGCUCAGUCAUUCAAGCCCUAAUCAUCUUGCAAUUGGACUACUGCUACAUGCUGUACAAGGGGCUACAGUUGAAGAGCAUCCAGAAGCUACAGCUGGUACAGAGUGUAGCAGUACCGUCAGUUUUGGAGCCCCAAGAAUGGCCCAUUAACACCACUGCUCUGUGGGUGGCACUGGUUGCCAGUGUGCUUCCAGAUGUAAUUCAAGGUGUUGGUAAUCACCUUCAUGAUGUGGGUCCAGGAUACGGGAGGGACCCCUCUCCAGCAACAAACUUCAUAAAGAGAUUUCAAGAAUAACAGCAACUGCAGUAUUUUUGAGUGCAAAAGAGAUUUUCAAUUAUGUACUGGAGAUAUGGGAUAGAAUUACCUUGCUUUAAUUGACUAGUUUGAAAAGGAUGAACUGAAAAAAAUUGUUCAUGAGGCAGGUCAAACCAGAGAAUUGGGAAUAACUGUUCCAACAUUUUGUGUUAAUUGAUAGGCAAUUGGAAGAGUUGAGAUACAUAGUAAAGGGGGAAAGUUUUACAGGCUCCCUUCACCCCCUACCCCCUUCUUGUGGCUUUCUCAGACACCAGCACCAAAGAGCUCACACAAAUAGGCUUCCUUUACAGCUAAAUGGAAAUCUCUGCUGAGAAACAACAAUUCAGUCUCUGAUAAUAUCAGAUCCAUCACGUUUCAAUCUUUUCCCUUCAUUUAAAGCAAUGAGAUUUGCUUCUCUGUUGAGUGACAAUGUAUCUUGUGGCUAUCGUCUCCUUUUUUCUCUUUAUGGGAAAAUACUUACUUUCUAGCCUAUUUACAAAGCACUGCUUGGAAAGCCUCUCUGUCAUUUUUCCUGCUUUCUUCUCUCUAUGUUAUAUUCUUUGAACCCAUGAUUACUCUUCCUGUUAAUCUCAUCUUCAAAAUAGCUUUUUUAUGCUGAGACAUUGAAUAAUCAAGAAUAAAAUUGUAUGUUAUUUUUCUUUUGUUUCAAAAUCAGCCUUAGUGUUUCACUUAACAUUGGAAUUUUUAUUGCCAUCUUUUUCCCCCCUGACUUUAAAUACCAUUAGAAACACUGCUUCAUUCUUCCCACGACACUUGUACUUUUUACCUGAACUGAAUGCCUGUUUUACUAUGUAAAAAAGUUCAUUCAGGACUUUCUAAUGCCUAUCUAAAGGGAAGUACUUUCCUGACAGUAUUCUCCUAAUUGAUAAUAGCAACCAUGUAGGCUUGUUAUGAGUUACCAGCUUUGCCUCUUGCAGUCUAUACUUAUCAAGAGUGUUGCAGAACUAGGAAUAUUUCCCUAGGCUAGAGCACUACCUUACUGAAGCUAUGUGGGCAGCCACUUACUCUCAGGCCUACACCUUUACUCAACGUAAAAAUGGACUCAAACUUACAGUGAGAUGCAGUCCUUGGAAGGGCUUUCCUUGCUUUGGUAACCAUAUGUCAUUCAGAUUCUGUUCCAUAUAAGAAGUUUUAUAUGCCUAAAUGUGAAUGAGAGAAAUAAUAAUAAUAAUAAAGCACUGCUUACUUACCUGUAACUAUAGUUCUUACAGUAGUCAUCUGCAAAUUUACACAAUUCACCAUGUUACCUUGUUUCAUCUCAAAUGACCUUAAUGUUUCUUCAAGUCUUUUGUAACAGUCUUAGGAACUGAGAGGGUUCAGUGAGAACAGUGCAUAGUCAUAUAGUACAUGUGAGGAUGGGGCUCCUUUCAAAUUUGUAAGCUCUGGAAGGCUCUGAAGGGGCUAGGUGGAGGCACGCAAACUAUGUGUGUCGAAUCACAGAGUAUUUGAAGAACAACAUUUGCAGGUAAGUAACCAGUUCUUCGUCCACAGGACAAUAUAGGAGCAUGUAAGCAUGUUAUGUUUAGAAUAUAUCCCAUUUCUUUGAGGGGAAAGCAUAAAACCACUACAUAGAAUAGUUUCAUUAUAUUAUUAUGAACUGUGUCCCUCUCCCUUUCUGAAGCUAGUUUAUCAUUCAGAAACAAGUGUGAUUCUUCCAUAAAUUGAUUAAGAUAAUUUUGAUUGGAGAAUGUUUGAGAAUGAACAAAAUUAAUUUACCCUAAAACAGGUUUAUGAAGCAUUGUUGAGAAUUAAAUGAAGACAGGACAGUGAUACAUAUGGGAGAAAUGAAGGGAUAGAUGACAAAACUACUCAGCUAAAAGUUGUUUCUUUAGCUAAGAAAGGCAAGCAAGCAGGAAUGGAGAUUUUUGUUUCUGAAAAAUCUUCAGUACCAGUGCUGGGAAACAUAGUAAAA